AUCAAAGAAGGGAGAAAGGAAUUGUAUUUUCAAAGUAUUUCGAACAGUUUUCAUAGCCUACUUUGGUUUUGAAUAUUAUGUUCAUACUUUAUGUAUGAAAAUGUAGGUCUAAAUUAACAUGGAAUUGCAAUUUAGCCCACAUACUGGCUAAAUGGACGUUUACUUUCCACUUUAGACUAUAGCCUGUGUAUUAUUUGUCGAGGUGGUYAUUGUUUCACGUUCAACUUGGCCUGAUAUAUGUUAGCAUUUUUUAGGCAAACAUUGCUGCGGGCUGUUCUUUUUUUUCUUGCGUAUUCGGCUACACGUUAAUGUAACACGAAAUUGCAUGACAUGUUUCAMCACACUGUAAAUACAAUUUGAACUCGGCAACAUAAAGACAGUUAUAUUAAUCUGGCUACUGUAGCCGCGACCCGUGGGUCSGUUGUGUUCGAUUUGCAUUCAAUGCAACCUCUCGCGCGUUGUUGAAGUUGGAACCUGUCUGUUGCACAAUGACGUUCGACCAACCCGGAAAUAGCGGACAACUGAAGCAAAUCGUUAUUCUUUGAGCUGCUAGCGUGGUAGCUACCAGGUGGAGGACGACUGCCYUUUCUUGCACUUCGAGCAUUACGACCCUGACCUCCGCUGGAGGACUGUGACCUUGGCCACCCGCCAGGCUCGGCCUCCUUCCUCCUGACUGACACCUCCAGAGCUUCUGCUGGCAUCGUAACAUGGGGAACCUGCUAAAAGUUCUGACUUGCACAGAUCUGGAACAAGAGCCCAAUUUUUUCCUCGAUUUUGAAAAUGCUCAGCCCACGGACGCAGAACGAGAGGUGUGGGAGCAGGUGGACCUGGUGCUGAAGGACGCUCGGGGAGUCCUGGACGAACUGCAAGCGUACAAGGGAGCGGGUCAGGAGAUUAGAGAGGCGAUCCAGAACCCCGGCGACGAGGCGUUACAGGAUGCGGCAUGGGCGGCCGUGGUCCACCUGGUGGGGAAGCUCAAGAAGUUCUACCAGUUCUCCCAGAGAUUAGAGGCGGCGCUGCACAGCCUGCUGGGACCCCUGACCAGUGAGACUUACGACGACCCCACUCAGCACCUGGAGCGUGAGCAGGCGCUGGCCAAGCAGUUCGCYGAGAUCCUGCACUUCACACUGCGCUUCGACGAGCUCAAAAUGACUAACCCUGCCAUCCAGAAUGACUUCAGCUAUUACAGGAGAACAUUGAGCCGCAUGCGGAUCAACAAUACACCGGCAGAGGGGGAGAAUGAAGUCAACAACGAGAUGGCCAACCGGAUAUCUCUGUUCUACGCCGACGCCACGCCUAUGUUGAAGACAUUAAGCGACAGCACGACAAAGUUUGUCUCAGAGAAUAAGAACUUACCCAUCGAGAACACGACAGACUGCCUAAGCACAAUGGCSAGCGUGUGCAAAGUCAUGUUGGAAACGCCGGAGUACCGAAGCCGCUUCACCAGUGAGGAGACGGUCUCAUUCUGCCUGCGCGUCAUGGUGGGCGUCAUCAUCCUGUACGACUACGUGCAUCCUGUCGGAGCCUUCUCCAAGUCCUCCAAAAUUGAUAUGAAAGGGUGCAUCAAGGUCCUCMGAGAUCAACCGCCCAACAGCGUAGAAGGCCUUUUAAACGCUCUCAGGUACACAACCAAGCAUUUGAAUGAUGAAUCGACCAACAAGACCAUCAAGAGCAUGCUGCAGCAGCAGUAGGACUGAUACUCUGGUACAACCACUCGCCUCACACCCGGUUCAGGAGACAUCGACUCUCUCUCUCACCAACGACGUCGGUGCACAGAAUGUUUUUUUUUCCCUUCUUGUUUUCUUUUCUUAUAAAUGGAGUAAGAGCUGCAUCUCCGCCCCCUUUUUAUAACGCAAAAUGCUACUGCCGUUAUGUACGUCUUUUCUGUGCCAAAAAGAUGUUGCUGAGAUUUAAAUGUUUUCCAUAAAAGCCAUACAACAAUAUGGCAGCUAUGGAAGCAUCAUUGUGGGUUCAGUUUUUAUUUUUAUUUUUUUUUAAAUAGUUUUUGUUUCCCUGUGUAAGGGAUGGGAGUGCUUUGACUUGAAAAUUUUAAAAAGAGUUAUAUAGAGAAAUAUAUUAUUUUUGUUUGAUUUAUUAUUUAAUAUUACAUCUUCUGCAUGACGAAAUUACGUCUUUUCCUUCUAUUUAAAAAAAAAAAAACGUAUGGUUCAAGUUUAAUUUGUCUGCUUAAUUGUAUGUUUUAAUGUUUUGUUCUCUGAAUGGUACUCGUCGGAAUUGAGAUUAUUGAAAAGAUAGUACUGUUAGUGUUUUAUCUUUUUUUUUUUUAUAGGUUUUGAUUUGUUGUAUGUCAUUUUUCAUAGUUGUAUUUUUUAUUUUAAAAUUUCAAACUGUGAUGUGUGCAAAUCAAUUUAAAAUUGGGAGUCUGUACUGUUGUUAACAGUAUGUUGCCGCUGGAAAAAAUAAACAGAGAACUUGUUUUCUACAAAUUA